CCCCCCGGUUUAUUGCCCCCGGUCCCACCGGGGCAGGGCCCGGAGGUGCCGCGGGGCCCAGCGCCGUGCCCCCCGGUGCCUCCCCGGUUUGGGGCCGCCCAACAAAGGCCGCCCCGUGCCAGCUUCCCCGGGACCGUGCGGGCUCGGCCCGGUGCGAGCGGGACCCCGCGCCCUUCCUCCCCCCCGCCCUCCUCCCCCUCCUGCCCUUUGUGUGGGGAGGAGGCCGGGGGGGGUCUGGGGGGCAGCGGGGGACCCCCGGGCUGUGCCCGUCCCCCGGGAGCGGUGGCCGGGCCGGGGGAGCCCUCCCCGUCCUGCUGCUCGCAGGCACUUUGUCCGCGCCUUUGUUCGAGCGGGGACGGGGACUUGUGUGCCUAGGGAGGGUCAAGUACGCGGGGUGGGGCGCAGCGGCUCCCCGGCAGGUCCGCGUAGCUCCCGUCUUGGGCAAUAACGAUAAAAAAAAGAAAGAGAAAACACAUAUAUAUAUGCGUAUAUACACCCCCCCUGGGGUCACGGGUUAACAAGUGACACUGGAGCGCUUCCAGGCACCGGGUCCCGUGGCCCUGGGCUCGCAGUUCCUAGAGCUGCGCUGUCACUGAGCAGCGGGGCAGCGGCCUCUCCUCCUGCCUGGCCUCCCCCUGCCUUUUGUGCCGCAAAUCAUCCGCCUGCUGCACCGUGGGUGCCCGACGUCCCUCGGCGGAGCGCUGCGGAGAGGAGGCUCGCUUCGGGGUAAAAGUGUGGAAGUUUUGGUGGGAGGGCUUCGAGCUCCGAGCCGCCUGGGCGCGGGGCAUCUCCGUUAUGCCCCUGGGCUUCGAGCGAGGCGGCUCGGACAACAAAGCUUCCUGUGAUUGUUCGAGCGAGGGGUGGGUCUCGCCGAGGUGCCUCCCUCUCCGGGAAGGGCUCGGUGCCCGAGCUCGGCCGUGCAGCCUGGGAGAUGGGUGUAGCGAGGAGCCAUGGGAGGCCCGCGCUGUCCUCGCGAGGAUAUGUGGCAGGGCGCUGCUGUCCCGGGGCCGUGGCACCUAGAUUUUGGGUUGUCCUCUGCCCCGCCGCUGGGUGAUGAGAGCAGGGUGUCUGGGCACGGCGGCGGUGCCGGAGUGCAGCUGCCUGGCCUCCUGCCUCGGUGUGGAAAUAAGAAAACUGGGAAUAAGCUUGUCUUCCACUUGGUAUGGAGAAGAGAAGCGAAGCUUAGCACCUCCGGGACCUGGGUGCGCUGGGAACCCAUAGCCAGGGCUGCAGCUGUGUUCCCAGCGGCUGUUUCUGUGCUUUCUUCCCCCAAGAAGCUGCCGUGGACGUGGGGCUCUCUUCCCUCCUGCUUCCCCCCUGUGGUGGCUGGGCUCUCUCUGCCAUGACUCUCUGCGCCUAGACCUGGCUGUCCCGUGCCUUUGCCAAUCACACCCGAGCUUCCUCCUCUGACAGUGAGGAGCGGGGCUCCUCCCCUGCCGGCUCCCCUUUUCCUCCCCGCACCUUGACACCGAGCCGACUCCGUCUGCGCCUCCCCGCGCCCUCCGCCCCCUCCCUGCCCACCCUGGGCGCCCGGCACCCAUGGACGACUCGGAAGUGGAGUCGACCGCCAGCAUCCUUGCCUCCGUCAAGGAGCAGGAGGCGCAGUUUGAGAAGCUGACGCGGGCGCUGGAGGAGGAGCGGCGCCAUGUCUCGGCCCAGCUGGAACGAGUCCGGGUCUCCCCGCAGGACGCCGGCCCGGGCUUGGCCAACGGCACGCUCACCCGGCGGCACCAGAACGGCCGUUUCUUGGGCGAUGCUGACCUGGAAAGGCAGAAAUUCCCAGAUCUGAAGCUCAACGGACCACAGGACCACAGCCACCUCUUGUACAGCACAAUCCCCAGAAUGCAGGACCCGGGCCAGAUCGUAGAGGAGACGUACACCAUGGAGGAAGACCCCGAAGGAGCCAUGUCCGUGGUGUCAGUGGAGACAUCGGAUGACGGGACGACCCGGCGCACGGAGACCACGGUGAAGAAAGUGGUGAAGACGGUGACCACGCGGACGGUGCAGCAGGUCCCGCUGGGGCCCGACGGCUUGCCCUUGGAAACCUCCCCUGUCGGCACCAACUACGUCCAGACGAUGGACAGGAACUUCCGCAAGAACGGCAACGGCGGCCCCGGCACCUACCUGAGCCAGCCGGGCACGGCCACGCUGCCUCGUAACUACCACUACCCCGACGGCUACGGCCGCCCCUACGACGACGGCGGCUACCCGGGCAGCGACCACAGCUACGGCAGCCUGUCCCGCGUCACCCGCAUCGACGAGCGCUACCGCCCCUCCAUGGACACCUACCGGGCCCCCAGCCGGCAGGACAUCUACGGCCCCCAGCCCCAGGUGCGCGUCGGGGGCAGCAACAUGGACCUCAACCACUUCCACCCCGAGCCCUACGGCCUGGAGGACGACCAGCGCAGCGUGGGCUUCGACGAUGUGGACUACGGGCUUAUGUCGGACUACGGCACGGCCAGGAGGGCAGGGACCCCGUCCGAUCCCCGGCGUCGGCUCAGGAGCUACGAGGACAUGCUGGUGGACGAAGUGGCUCCUGACCGGUACUACUGGGCCCCGCUGGCUCAGCACGAGCGGGGCAGCUUGGCCAGCCUGGACAGCCUGCGGAAAGGGGCCCCGGCCCCGGGCAGCUGGCGCCAGCCGGAGCUGCCGGAGGUGAUCGCCAUGCUGAGCUUUCGCCUGGACGCCGUCAAGUCCAACGCCGCCGCCUACCUGCAGCACCUCUGCUACCGCAACGACAAGGUGAAGACAGAAGUGCGCAAGCUGAAGGGCAUCCCGGUGCUGGUGGGGCUGCUCGACCACCCCAAGAAGGAGGUGCACUACGGCGCCUGCGGGGCGCUCAAGAACAUCUCCUUCGGCAAGGACCAGGACAACAAGAUCGCCAUCAAGAACUGCGACGGGGUGCCGGCCCUCGUGCGCCUCUUGCGAAAGGCUCACGACAUGGACCUCACGGAGGUCAUCACAGGGACGCUGUGGAACCUGUCCUCACACGACUCCAUCAAGAUGGCCAUCGUGGAUAACGCGCUGCACGCCCUGACCGACGAGGUGGUCAUUCCCCGCUCGGGCUGGGAGCGAGAGCCCAACGAGGACUCGAAACCCCGCCACAUCGAGUGGGAGUCGGUGCUCACCAACACUGCCGGCUGCCUCAGGAACGUGAGCUCCGAGCGGAGCGAAGCCCGGCGGAAGCUGCGGGAAUGCGACGGCCUGGUGGACGCCUUGAUAUACAUCAUCCAAUCUGAGAUCGGCCAGAAGGACUCGGACAGCAAGCUGGUGGAGAACUGCGUGUGCCUGCUGAGGAACUUGUCCUACCAAGUCCACCGUGAGAUCCCGCACGCCGAGCGCUACCAGGAGACACCUCUGGUCCCCACCAACAACACCGGGCCCCACGCCGCAAGCUGCUUCGGUGCCAAGAAGGGCAAAGGUAAAAAGCUCCCGGAAGACCCUGGUGCCGACACAGUGGAUUUUCCCAAAAGAACAACUCCAGCCAAAGGCUACGAGCUCCUGUUCCAGCCGGAGGUGGUGCGGAUAUACAUCUCCCUGCUGAAGGAAAGCAAGACUCCAGCCAUUCUAGAGGCUUCGGCGGGAGCAAUUCAGAACCUGUGUGCUGGCAGCUGGACGUACGGCCGGUACAUCCGCUCGGCGCUCCGCCAGGAGAAGGGGCUCUCUGCCAUCGCUGACCUCCUGACCAACGACAGCGAGCGCGUGGUGAAGGCGGCGUCCGGAGCCCUGCGCAACCUGGCUGUGGACUCGCGGAACAAAGAGCUGAUAGGUAAACAUGCGAUCCCCAGCCUAGUGAAGAACCUGCCUGGAGGCCAGCAGACCCCAGCCAAAAACCUCUCGGAGGACACAGUGGUGUCCAUCCUCAACACCAUCAACGAAGUCAUCGCGGAGAACCUCGAGGCCGCCAAGAAGCUGCGGGAAACGCAGGGGAUCGAGAAGUUGGUGCUGAUCAACAAAACCGGGAACCGCUCAGAGAGGGAGGUCCGAGCGGCUGCCCUCGUCUUGCAGACGGUUUGGGGAUACAAAGAGCUGCGGAAGCCCCUGGAGAAGGAGGGUUGGAAGAAGUCAGAUUUCCAGGUGAACCUGAACAGCGCCUCUCGGACCCAAGGGGGCAACUCAUUUGAUGACAGCACCCUGCCUCUCAUUGACAGAAACCAAAAAACAGACAAGAAAUCCUCCCGGGAGGAGAUCCAGAUGAGCAACAUGGGACCAGACAACUACUCCACGCUGAACGAGAUGGAGCACAGCAGGACGCUGGACCGACCCGGCGACCUCGGGGACACGGAGCCAGUGAAGGCGGCGCCGCUGAUGAAGAUCUAGCUGCCAUCCCUGCCUCCGUUCACUUUGGGUUGAUAAUAUAUUAUAUAUAUAUAAAUAUAUAACUUCGUGGUGGAUUGGACUGAUUUUUUUUACCUUUUUUUUUUUUUUUGCUGGACUGUUUGUGCCAACUAGCCAGCCAAAUGACUGGGCCCGGUCCCGCGAGGGGCAGCCCAGGCCACUCUGCCUCCUCUCGGCAGCUGUACCUCCCUCUUCUGGGAUGACUUUACCGAUAACUCUUCCUCCCUGUCCUUCGCCGCCACCUUCCUCCGGAGAGCGAACCCCAAACCCUCCCGCCUGACCGUCGGGAUCGACCGGCGCCGAUGCUGCAAAGACUCCAGCCUUCUGCCUUGACCAGGAGCUGCCUUCUCCUCCCACACCUUCCCUCUGUUUGGAGUCGACUGCAGGGACGGGGACAGAGGCCUCGCGACCUCCUUCUGUUGCCUAUAGGAUAUAUUUUGGGGGGGAUCGCUCCGCAGCUUGGGCUGUGCGGACAACUGGAGCUUCCCUCCCCGCUGGUGGUGGGACUGGAGUCCGAAGGAGGCUGGAGUCACGGGGGUGUGAGGCGAAGAAGAAACAGCAAUAACUUUUUUUCUCGCUUUGUUCUAGAUAGGAGACUUUGGGGGUGUGGGAAGAAGGAUCUGUCUGAGUCGUGGAGGGGUCUGGAUGGGCCCCCUGUGCCAGGAGGGACCCUUAGGUGUGAAGAAGGCUGGUGUGGAGGGAGCGGGACGGGCUUCCCCUGCCCGAGGGCGAUCCUCCGGGGGGAAGGAAGGAAGGAGGAGAUGCGGCAGGGCUUUUUGGGGCGAGGUUUCUUAGGGAACUGGCUGAAGUAGCGGAGUGCUGUGUGCCGGGCCGGCCAGCCCGGCUGCCAGAGGACGAGCAGCGGGGAGAGCCAGGAGCCUCUGCACCCCAGGCACCUGCGGCAGUGCCCCUCAGCCUCCUCUUGACAUGUGCCUUUCUUUUGCCACUGUGAAAUAGCUCUUUGAAUUGUACUGCCCGGCUUGGCUGGGGCGAGGGGGUGUUUCCUGGGCUACCGGUGGGCUUGAGCUCCUGCUGGGAGCCUCAGCUGUCCGCGGCGAUGCUGGAAGCCCAGUUUUUGGGAGUCCCAGGGGGAGCAGGGCUCUCCUCCGUGCCCUGUCCCCUGGAGGACGGGCUGUCCUGGGGGCACGCAGCCUUGUCCUCUCUGCUGACCGGUGGUGGGGAGCACGCUCCGUGCUGUGACUUUCUCUUCUUUUUUUGUUUAUGGUGGGGGUGAAGUGGGGAGGCUGAGACUCCCUGUGCAACUGGAAGCCUCCUCGCACGGCUAUGAACUGGACACGGAGCCCUCGCCGGGCUGCAGCUCACCCCAAGUGCCCCCAUGGAAGGGGGGAGGCCCCGGUGUGCCUCCCCCCUGGCCCCAAAACACCUCCCAGCCCCGGGGCUGAGCCCCCUCUGGCUCCAGCCGCCCCUCACGUUGAUUCGGUUCUGUUCGGGGGUCUAACUUCUCUUUUCCUUUGACUACGUAAAACACUAAUUCCUUUUAAUUUUGUAAUUUCAGAUGAACCAAAAAAACCCCACCCAAGUACGCAGCCCAGCUUCCCCCUUCCCUCCUCUCCCCGUGGGCAGGGGAGCUGGCUCCGGGGGGGGGAAGGAGGGGGGGGCAGGAGCACCCUGCUGUUCCUUGUCUGAUUCCUGUGCACACUCUUAUAACGCUUUUCAAACAAAAUGAUUUUUUUAUAUAAAUAAA